ACACGCCCAACCAGUUGAUGAGAGAUUCUUGUAGAGACACAGUCGAGGCGUCUUCAACCUGUCCUUCGAAUUCUUUUCCUCCCCUCCCAGCGUGCAUGCACAUUCAACUUUUCCGUUUUCAUCUUUGCUAGCUUGCUAGAAUAUUUCUUCUCGUGUGUUAUCGCUAAUCUUUCCAUUACUUCCUUUUGCGUGUUUGGAGGGUGCAGCAUCUCGUUUUCCUUAGUCGUCUUCUUCGUGCUGUUGCUGUGUGUUGCUCUUUUGUUCUGUAGAGCUGGGGUGGUGACAGAUUCUUUGGCAUGGCGCCGCCUGCCUCAGUGGGAGGGCUGUCUCCUCUUGCUCAGACUUGGGGACAGGGUGUUCUGCCUUCGCAGCUUGGGGGGCAUACAAAUUCCGGGAAUAUUUUUAGUACCAGGGCGGCUGAAGGACCUGGCAGGGGUUUAACUAAGGCUUUAGAUGGUAGUGCGCUGAUUUAUUCUUAUCUUAGUUUGCCGGCGCUGGCGUGUGGGAGGACCCUCGGAGGGAUGAGUGAGACACGAUGCGUUUCUAAGGCUUUGAAGCUGAGUUUCUUGUUACAUUGCAGCGUUGUGGCAGAAAGGCCAACUUCUGAAAAGCGGUAUGCUGUUGUUGCGACGCAUGAAAAUGGUGGAUUAGAGCUUAGUGAGGAUUCACAAAGCCAGGCAACUAGCAGUGACAUGAAACAAAUCACCGAGCGUGUGCUUGUGAAUCCCGAUUCUGGACGCAGUGGGAAUAGAGAAGGAGAAUUCGUGGAGUCCGAGGCACCAUCCACCGAAGUUAAGUCAGGAGGAGCUUCUGAAAAUGUAGAAAAGAAUGGCAGUAUUUCGAAGACGUUUGUAUUGCCGAGCGAUGUAGGAGUGGGGGCUAAAAUACCACAAGCGGACAGCAAGGGAGGGAUGCGAUGGAACAUGCUGCUCAGCACUGAAGCCUUGGAGGAUGCGCAUCUCAACAGAGCUUCUAGUGUCACGGAUGCGCACGUUCUGCGCCGGAAAGGGCGGCUCAAAGAGCAAGACGGCCUGAUUGAAUUCAUUAUCUCAAUGCAUUCCACGCACUCCUCAUUUCAAGUGAUGGAAAAGCUUGAGCGAUGGGUGCGAGAGCAUGUGGAGGAUCCGAAAAGGAGUACGCUAAGUAGGCUCAUCCCCACUCUUGGAAGAUGUUACACGCCCUUGCCUCUUGUUCGUGCAUUCUACGAGUACGAUGAAUUUGCGUCACUCUCGAGACGGCGAUAUGUACCGCCCAAUUUUGCAGAACUCAGGCAUGUUCUCAAUAUUGCCCAGGUGCAUGCCAUUGCCGAAAAGUUGUCGCUGAUCACAUUCGAUGCAGAUGGGACUAUAUACGCCGAUGGCCACCACAUUGGGGGGGACAACAAGAUGAUAGGACUUAUUAUCAAGCUCAUGCAACAGGGUGUUCACGUUGCAAUUGCUACGGCGGCUGGAUAUCCCGGCAACGCUGCCAAAUUCGAGGAUCGGUUGGCGGGACUCCUGGAAGCAUUCAAGCACCUUCGCCUUCCUCCCACCAUCACGCAGCUUUUUCACGUUAUGGGCGGGGAAUGCAACUAUCUUCUGAGGGUAAACCAGGAUUAUAGGCUCGAAUUUGUGCCUGACGAAGUGUGGAUGUCGCCCGACAUGCUCGAAUGGACAGAAAUUGAUGUGUAUGAAUUGCUGACCGACGCCGAGUGCUCGUUAAGAUCGGCAGCUGCGAGGUUACGCGUUCCAAUUGAGAUAAUUCGCAAGCCGAGGGCUGUCGGUGCAGUUCCUUUAGAGCCGACUAUAUACGAAGUCUUGGAAGAGUUGGCUUUGACGGUCCAAGUUCAGUUGAUGGGGUCACGGCUUCCUUUCUGUGCUUUCAAUGGCGGAAACGAUGUCUUCGUCGACGUCGGAAACAAAUCCGUCGGACUCAGAGCUCUCAUAAAGUUUUUCAACAAGGAACCGCAUGAAACGUUGCACGUCGGAGAUCGCUUCACGGUGAGCGGGAAUGAUAUGGCUACUCGUUCACAGUGCUCCAUAUUAUGGGUUGCCAAUCCUGAAGAAACGGCGUUCUUCACACGGCUGUUGUUGACAGAUAUCCGAUUAGCCCGAAUGCAGCCUUAGCUGGAGUAACACUUUUUUGCUUUCUGUGUUUUUCUUUUUUCUCUAUCCGGCGAACACAACAACUGUAAUAAAUCCCACCGAGUCCCUCAACCCAAAUCUACAUUGUGCUUGCUUGUGCAAUGUCCCCAACCCUCCCAAGACGAGGUGAUUUGUGGAUCUCGGCGAGUACUUAGCAGUACUGAAUUUUCAUCGGAUCUUUCAAGCCUAUAAGCGCAUGUUAAAUUCCAGCUCAACAAGACGCGCGGCUUUCUCGUCAUGAUAGGUAGGAAAAUCUCUCAGCAUUCUAGUCUAAAGCCCAAUUUUUGUCAGAAGAUAGAUUUUGGAGGCAAAGUUAUGGAGAUUAUUGAGAGUAGGCUUCCGUCUCUUGGGUGCCAUGUUUGUUUUUUGAGUGAAGGGAGAGAAAGAGGCUAGCGAAUUUUGCUAUACAGGCGAUGGCUUUAAGAUUCUCAACGAGAUAUUGCAAGGAUUAAGAUUAGAUCCUUCGCAUGAAACUGGGGGCUGGGAAACAUAGCUAUGAUUGAGUGGAUACAAGAGUGUGUACAGCUGUACGAGUAUGGAACAUUUUAAUGUCGACUUGAUUGUGUGGAGAUUCUCCUAUAGAAAACUUCUGUAAGCGCAAUGUGGCAGAAUAAAUUUUGUUACAAGUUUAUUGGCAUUAA